AUGAAAGAGUAAAAUAUGAAUUCCAGAAAUAUAUUGAAUUAUGUAUUAAAAAAUACAACAUUAACUAUAUAAAAUGUUAUUGUAAAACAAGAAAAGAACAUAGUUCUUUCAAAAGCUACUCUAAUCUAAUAUUUUGAUAACACAUUCAACAAAGGUACAUAAUAGAAUAGAAAUUCAUUCAAUUCAUUAAAACCUUAUAGUAUGGCAUCUGAAUUAUGA